AUGGCCCGUGUAUGUACUAGUGACAUAGAGAAAGAUGAGAUUCAUCCAAGAGUUCUGAAGGAACUCAAAUAUGAAAUUACAGAAUUAAUUGUGGUUGGUGGAAGAUACCCAGGAUAUGAUGGAUAUUCAUAUGGAGACUAUCUGUGCACUAAUUUUCCCUCAGUAGCUACUGUCAAAGUGAGAUCUAGCUCAGUGCUCUAUGAUGCAAUCAGUGUUGCACAUGAGAUGGGCCAUUCUCUUGGCUUCCCUCAUGAUAAUUCUAAGAGAAAUACAGCUAGAGGCUGUGUUUGCAAAUGCCCUGGAGGAGGAAAAUGCGUCAUGUGGUCAUUUGCCUCAUGAGUAAUGAGAAUACAGUGUACAGAGUUCAGUAACUACUCUAGAGCAAACUAUUAUGACAUGAUAAGAAAACCAGAAAAAACUUGUCUGCUUGACAUACCAGAAAAGAAAGCAUUUGGAGUACAGAUGUGUGGUAAUGGUGUGACAAACGAUGAGAAGGAAUGUGACUGUGGCAUGGAUGAGGUGUGCCUACGGAAUGGUUGUUGCCUAGCCAAUUGUACGGUAAAGCCAGGUGCUGCCUGUAUUUCUGGACUUUGCUGUGAAAACUGUCAGUUUCAUAGAGAAGGAAAAAUAUGCAGAGAAAGAAUUUGUGAGUGUGACCUACCUGAGUACUGCAAUGGGACUUCCAAAUGGUGCCCAAAGGAUGUGUUUAAGCAAGAUGGAACUCCAUGUGGUGACAAUGUCCAUUGUUUCCAGAGGAGAUGCCCCAGCCAUGAGAAACAGUGCAAAGCUAUAUUUGGCAAAGAAGCACAUCUGGCCCCACUGAGUUGUUUCAAAACAGUGAACGCUAAAGAUGACCAGUGUGGCAACUGUGGUGGGGAUGGUCUUGCUUACAAGAAAUGCCAACACAAAGAUGUCUUGUGUGGAAGACUGCAGUGUGUUAAUGUUAAAAAAAUACCUCAAAGCAAUGAUCGUGGGUCUAUAGUUCAGACUCCAGUUGGCAAUGUUUUGUGUUGGGGUACAGAAUUUAGUGCUGGGAUGGAGGUAGUAGACAUUGGAUCAGUGAGAGAUGGCACAGCAUGUGGUGAUAACAAGAUAUAUAUAAACAGGACAUGUGUCAAUAUAACAGUUCUGAAUUAUGACUGUAAUGACAAAAAAUGCAGUGGUAGAGGGGUGUGCAAUAGCAACCGAAACUGCCAUUGUGAUUUUGGGUGGGCCCCUCUAGACUGUAGAUACAAAGGAUUUGGAGGAAGUGUUGACAGUGGGCCCCCUCCGACUCCAAAUGAUUCUGAGGUGUCUGCUUUCCCAGAGUCUGACUAA